GGCGAAAUAUGUCUUCGGGGAAGAAACAUCAUGUCCGGGUAUACCAACAAGCCUGCAACAAAUACAGAAGCAUUCGUGGACGUAUUCUUCAGAACUGGUGAUCUUGGGGUCAUUCAGGAAGGUGGAUACUUGCAGUUGACCGGUCAAAUUAAAGAUGUCAUCAACAAAGGAGGGGAGAAGACAAGUCCCUCGGAAGUUGAGAACAUCGUACUAUACAAUCUCACGAGUUGGUCCGACAAGCGGUAUGCCUCAAGGUUCUAAAUGAGAUCUACGGUGAAGACAUCGGUAAGCGUAUAAUUGUCUUUUGAGUCCUUGAUGGCUGACAGAUCUCGCUGAAGGAGUGGCGUG